GUAGUUGAGGAUCAUAAGGCAGCCCUGCCAGUGUACGAGGACUUCUACCAGAAGCGGCAGCUGCAGAAGCUGAGGAAGCUGCUGCAGGACAAGGCAGCGCUGCCCAUCGCCGCUUUUGAAGCCCCCAUCAUUGAUGCCGUGCGCGCACAUCCUGCAGUGGUCGUGGCUGGCGACACAGGUUGUGGGAAGUCCACACAGCUGCCGCAGUUCCUCCUGAAAGCCGGCUACUGCCACGUGGCAUGCACACAGCCGCGCCGCAUAUCUGCCAUCUCCCUCUGCCGCAGGGUGGCCUUUGAGACCCUGCAGGAGCACAGGGAUGACAUCGCAUACCGGGUGCAUGAGCGGCACCUGAACACAGACAUACUGCUGGCGCUGAUGCGGGCGCUGCUGCUCCAGAGGCCCGACCUGCGAGUCAUCCUCAUGUCAGCCACCAUCAACGUGCAGGCCUAUUCUGACUACUUUGGCGGAGCCCCCAUCAUCCAGGUGCCUGGCAGGCUGUACCCAAUCACAGUCCAGUACAUGGCCGAGAACAGCGCCGAUGCAAGGUCACAGCGGCGGAGUAAUGAUGAGAAGAGGGAGCUGGCCAGCAAGGGCUUCAAGCGCCGCACCAUUGAACGCAUCGACCCGGCUCCAUACCUCAGGUUGCUGCAGCAGAUAGAGCAGACUGUGGCGGGGGAUGAGAGGGGGGACCUGCUGGUCUUUCUGGCGGGCAUGGAGGACAUCUCAACAGUGGCCGAGCACAUCAGGGAACAUGUGCAGCGCAGCCACCGCUGGCUCGUGCUGCCGCUGCACAGCGCGCUGUCCGUGGAUGAACAGGACAAGGUGUUUGAUAUUGCACCAGAGGGCAUGCGCAAGGUGAUCCUCUCAACCAACAUCGCGGAGACAUCGGUCACAAUCGACGGUGUGCGAAUUGUGGCCGACUCCGGCCGCGCCAAGGAGAUGACUCAUGACCUGUCAUCCGGCGGCGGCAGCCUCCAGGAGGGCUGGAUUUCCAAGGCAUGCGCCCUCAUGACCAAUUUUCCCUCAUCUUAUCUUACAGGAGAUCUCCAGCAAAUUCCUUGGCAUUGCGCAUUUGCGGAGCAGAGGAAGGGCCGAGCGGGCAGGACAGGGCCGGGGCAGUGCUUCAGAAUGUACACAGAGGCACAGUUCCAGGCAUUCCCAGCUUUCCCUGCUCCAGAGAUCCAGAGGGUCCGCCUGGAGUCUGUGGUGCUCCAGAUCAAGAUGCUGGCAGGCGAUGCAGGGAACAGCAUGGACCCCAGGCGCUUUGGCUUCAUCGAGCCGCCCUCCAAAGAUGCCCUUGAGAGCGCCAUCACAGCCCUGCAGAAGGUGGGUGCGCUGACGCCAGCAGAGGUGCUGACGCCGCUGGGCUCGGUGCUGAGCUGUCUGCCGGUGGAUGUGCACAUUGGCAAGAUGCUCAUACUGGGCUGCGUGUUCCACGUGACCGAUCCUGUGCUCACCAUAGCGGCUGCGCUGAGCGUGCAGUCCCCAUUUCUUAGGCUGCCGGCUGACUCUGACGCUGAGGGAAUCAGGGAGAGGAGGAGCUUGUUGGAGUCCCAGCAUGGGGACCCCUUCACGCUGCUGGCUCAGAGGCUGUAUGAGAUGGCCAAGCUGCGAGCGCAGUUUGAGGGCCUGCUGAGGGAUGUGGGCCUGCGCUCUCACGGUGCUCAUUGCUCUGGCGCUGCUGCUGCCAGGGCGGCGAAGGCCCACGUGCGAGCGCUGCAGAGGCAGCAGGAGAGGGAGAGGGGACGCCGCGCGCUGGACCUGAAGAGCAUGGAUCUGGAGGCCAGCGUCGAUGUACGAGCGAUGGCGUCCGCCGCUCUGAGGAACCUCACAGUGGCGGAUGUCAACCUGCUUAAGGCCAUCCUGGCCGCAGGACUGUACCCUCAGGUGGCGGUGCCGGACCCGCGCAACUCGCAGCGGCGCGGCCAGGACGCGGCGUUCCUGACACAGCACCACCGCGGAGAGGCCGCCAUCCACCCAGGCGCCGUGAUGUGCGCAUCGGCGGCCGAUCUGGACCCGGGCACGGCGCUGGCGUACGUUGAAUUGCUGGAGACGAGGCGCGCCUAUCUAAGCAACCUGACUCCGCUGCCAGCGCUGCCGGCACUGCUGUUGUUGGCUGAGCGCAUCGGCGCCGACGCGGCCGCCACCCGAUUUCUGGUCGACGGCUGGCUGCUGCUGCGCAUGCAUGACGGCUCCGGGCCUCAGGUGAUAAUCGAGAUCAACAGGCUGCGAGCGCAGACGACCGCGCUCCUCAACUUGUGCCUGCGACGAGCGCGCAUUCCGGGCCUGCCCAACCCAUCAGCCGCCGCCCCGGCCCCCACUGACAUUAGCACUCAGGGCCUGGCUACAGAGGUGAUCACUCAUUUUCCUGACCUUCUUAUUGCCGCCUCAACUCACUGA